CAACCAUCUACUGGUCGCCUACUGUUCAUCCGCGGGUACUGUACCACGCCUCUCCCCAACCAGCAGCCCUAACCCUAGAACGACGGCGCCCAAGCCGGGGUCCUGGUCCUAGACCCCAAACCUACCACUUGUACUACCUCCGUAACCCUAGUUCCACUGUAACUUCAUUGAAACAUACUGGACAUUGAUGUUUGUAGGGAAGUGCUUACCAAUUAAAGUUACCAUAAUGAAAAAUACCAAAUAUAUUGUAUAAAAGGUAAGUAGAACAUAUGUCAUUGCUUGGAGAAUAGCUGGUGGCUCCUAGACUUGGGUUUGGAACUCCAUUUGUAUAUAUAAGAGUAAUUGAGAGAUGGGCAGUUUUUUGAUUUUUUAUGUCUUGAUUUCAUCUGAUUGUUGUGACAUGAGAUUAGGGGACUAUAAUGUGUUCAUAAAAUGGGAAUGAUAUUGUGGUGGGGCUUCAAUUCUUCCUAAAAAUCUGAACUUCAGUGUUUAGGUUUUGGGUGGAAAGGAAGGAAGCAGAGUUUCAGGGCCGAGUAAAGAGCAUGCAAAAAGUUUUUUGUAGAAAAGAGAGACCUUUAAUGAGAAGGUAUCUAGUGGAUCUGAUGUCAAAAUCAUAUCCUUGGAGUUGUGGGCGAUACUGAAAGAUGGGCUUGUGAUAUCUUAAUGUAUUGGCCUUGUAAGAUUACAAGGAUUAAUAGAUUGAUUUUAGGUGAUAUGAUGUUACACAUAUAUAGGCAAGGAUGGGCGAUGGUUUAUAAAAACAGAACCAAUCAACUGGGAUCCUUGCCUAAUAGAGGUCAAUCUAUCUAUUCUAGCCAUAUAGGCACUAGGCCUAAAUAGAGGUGUGGAGGCCCAGCAAGGGGCUGCCACACCCUCUGUCUAACAGGUCUCCUGGUUUGUUCAAACAGUUUGUGAUGUGGCUCCAGGUGUGUCAGGACCUGGAGUGACUGGGUAAGGGUUGUGAUGGUAUUGCUCUAGGAGAUGGAUGGUUCUGUUAGGACUCCACAGGGGGCUUUGUGCUACAUAAUUUUGCGAGUGAAUAAUUAACUAGGAAGCUGAGCUACCUCAGUUGGUCAAGGCGUCAAGGGUGUGGAUGUAUGCCCAGACCACACAAGUUCAAGUCUUCGUCGAGUUUGUGGAUAAGGGUCUUUUAAGUCUUCAUAUGAAACUAUCCUUUUGAUAUACAGCUGAAGGACAAUAACUAUCAUGGAUGCUACUGCAAAUUCAGAUGUGCAAAGGGCUGAGGAAUUUAAACUUAAGGCGAAUGAUGCCUUCAAGGCAAACAAGUUCUCGCAGGCUAUAGAGCUUUACAGUCAAGCCAUUGAGCUGAAUAGUUCAAAUGCAGUUUACUGGGCAAACCGUGCAUUUGCACACACAAAAUUAGAGGAAUACGGAAGUGCUGUGCAGGAUGCUACAAAAGCCAUCGAAAUUGAUUCUAGAUAUUCAAAAGGUUAUUAUAGACGAGGCGCAGCUUAUCUUGCCAUGGGAAAGUUCAAGGAAGCCCUGAAGGAUUUUCAGCAGGUUAAAAAAAUCUGCCCAAAUGAUCCAGAUGCUACAAGAAAGUUGAAAGAGUGCGAGAAAGCUGUCCAAAAGAUCCGUUUUGAAGAAGCAAUAUCUGCUGGGGAUGAUGAGAGGCGGUCCGUGGCAGACUCUAUUGACUACCAUAUCAUAGAAGUAGAGCCACAUUAUGCGGGACCGAGAAUUGAUGGGGAAGAAAUAACGAUAGAGUUUGUCAAAGCAAUGUUGGAUGAAUUUAAGAAGCAGAAAUGCAUACAUAAAAGAUAUGCUUACCAGAUUGUGCUAAAAACCUUGGAUUUGCUGCGAUCGAUGCCUUCCCUUGUUGAUGUGGAUGUUCCAAACGGUGGACAUUUUACAGUUUGCGGUGAUGUGCAUGGCCAGUACUUUGAUUUGCUCAACAUAUUUGACCUCAAUGGCCUUCCAUCAGAAGAAAAUCCUUACCUCUUCAAUGGCGAUUUUGUGGACCGAGGAUCUUUCUCCGUUGAAGUCAUACUCACCCUUUUUGCUUUCAAGUGCCUCUACCCAAAAGCUAUGUACCUUGCAAGAGGAAAUCAUGAAAGCAAGAGCAUGAACAAAAUAUAUGGCUUUGAGGGGGAAGUGAGGUCAAAGCUGGGUGAGAAGUUUGUUGAACUUUUUGCUGAAGUCUUUUGUUGGUUACCUCUUGCCCAUGUCAUCAACAACAAGGUCUUUGUGGUUCAUGGAGGGCUAUUUAGUGUUGAUGGGGUUAAGCUUUCAGACAUUAGGUCCAUUGAUCGUUUUUGUGAACCACCUGAAGAAGGUCUAAUGUGUGAAUUACUAUGGAGUGACCCUCAGCCUCAGCUUGGAAGAGGUCCAAGUAAACGUGGUGUUGCUCUUUCCUUUGGCGCAGAUGUGACUAAGAAGUUUUUACAGGAAAAUAACCUGGAUCUUAUUGUCCGGUCUCAUGAAGUAAAGGAUGAAGGCCAUGAAAUUGAACAUGAUGGAAAGCUUAUAACAGUCUUCUCUGCGCCUAAUUACUGUGACCAGAUGGGCAACAAGGGUGCAUUUAUUCGCUUCACAGCUCCAGAAAUGAAACCAGAUAUUGUUACUUUCUCAGCUGUGCCACAUCCUGAUGUGAAGCCGAUGGCAUAUGCAAAUAACUUCCUCAGGAUGUUUCAAUGACAGAAUAUAACAACAUUGUUUAGCAAUUUUUAUCAGAUGAGUCUGUUGUUUGUCAGCUCCCAAUUCACAUUUCUUGCUAGGUUUAAGUAUAUGCUCCCUUGUACAACAAAUCAAAUGAUGCAAGGGAUUCAACUGUCGAUUUACUUGGAUGGUACAUCCAUUUUUGUGCACGAGUUGUGAUUCUUGUAACUAUCCGUAAAGUCUUAGAUCAUUAGAUUUUAGUUUACUUGUAAAAUUGCUAAAUCGUCAUUUCCUGUCUUGCUUAUCAGUGAGUUACACACGUUUAGUGCUUUUAUCAAAUUACAUGUGUUUCAGCGGUACAAUUCCUAA